GCAAGUCGCAUCCUUCAGAUGAGAUGAUAACCCCAAUCUCGUUAUUUCCCAAUUAUUGAUGCCCCACAGAACAUCAUCAGUACUCCCUUCAUCACUGAAUUCUUUGGAAGCAGCUCUUACCAAACAUACUUCAGUAAAGUGACACCAUGAAGGAUAUCAUCAAAAAGAUCAUACUAGCCUUGGGUCUUUUCGCUCUUGAAGAUCCAAACGAGCUCCCGGUUUGUAUUGUUGGGGCCGGUCCCGCUGGAUUGACCACGGCCGCUGAGCUCGAGUUGAAAGGAAGGCGGACCGUUACCUUUGACAAACAAGACGCAGUCGGUGGGAAAUGCCAAGCAGUUUAUCAAGAUGGAGGGUUUAGUCCGCUUGGAGCCUUAAUCUUCACACCACCAACCUAUAGAGAAUCUAUCAAAAUGAUUGUUGAGACUGGCAUGGCUUCUGUUCCGUUCAUAUCUGGGGACAAAUAUCAGUACAAUACAACGAGUGGGGAAAUUUGGCCAAAGUCAGCCCCACCUCCGGGGUUUACCCCUCUGUUCAUGCAGGAAGUUGGGAGAUACAUAGAUUGGUGGAACAAGGAUUUGUACCUCCACAACACAGCCGCAAACUACCGACAUGGAAUCCCAGAAGAACUCACCGUAACGACGGCAGCCUGGCUGGCAAGGAACAAGUAUACUGUGCUUCAGGUCUUGUUUAUACAGACUAUGGUAGCGUAUGGAUAUGGAGAUUAUAGGCAGGUGCCAAUUAUUUACAUGCUCCAAUACUUGACACCGGACGUUACCAUGGCACUGCUGAAAGUGCAACAGGGAACGGAGGUACAUAUUGCUGAUUUCCACAAGGUGCUUUCUCGAUACGCAGACAAGUCUAUCUCGGGUCCGAUCUAUCUUAGCACUUCAAUCGCAAAGAUAGAUCGAAGCGGCAACCAUCCAAUGAUCACGUAUCACAGCUUACGUGAGAGCAACCCUCGAAUCCGUGCUCAAGCAUGCUCCGCCGUAGUAUUGGCAUUCCCACCCACUCUAUCUGCUCUCCAGUAUGCAGGGUUAGAUCUCACCGAGGACGAGCGCGAAGUCUUUGCUCCAGUAGGCACCCACUCGUUCUAUUCCGCUGCGGUGCAAAUGAAGACACCACACGCAAUGACCUUCGGUGCCGCAAGCUCUCACCCGAUGCUACCUCCCGAUCCUACAGGCGAGCCAGUAGUAGUGGUAAAACUGCACAAAGACCUAGAAAUAGCCAUCACAUCGUCAUGGGGUCCCUAUCGUGGCAACUUGACCAAAGCACAAGCCUACCCCCGCCUCAAAAACACCCUCUCAAAGCUCAACAAAGAUCCUAGGAAUGUAACAUCGGUAGCCGUGCUUAUUACUGAUGCUGAUAUAUUGGCUUUCCAGGAGAAUGAUUAUUUUCCGCACUUUGACGAGGAGCAGCUGGCGAUGGGCUUCUACAAGAAGUUUGAGGAUUUGCAGGGUACGAGGAAUACGUAUUAUGCGAGCGGGUUCAAUAAGUUUGAGCUAGUGGAAUAUGCGAUUAGGGCGGGACAGGAUGUCGUGAGGACGUAUUUCUAAGAUUAUGUUAGGAGCCUAGGCUCGCUCUAUCCCGAUGUUUCUAUAAACUAUUGUUAUGGACUUGACGAAAUGGGAUUACUGCAAGGGGCAAAUUUGUACGUCAAUUUCGACACAAGUAGUUUCUCUAUCUCACCUGUCUAGAUUCCUCGCAACAAUCUAGAUUAAAAAAAUUUG